UUCUAUUGCUCCAUCAAUAGCUAGAUCUUUAUGGAGGUUCACUUGAGUGCCUGCUCAUCAGCAGCAAAAAUUACCAGGGAGAAAGUUUUGUCUGUCUUAAAAGACAGCGGAGUUAGAGAUGAAGAUAUUACUGAAAAGAAUGGGACAUUUAUCAUUAAGGUUUCACUGUCUGUGGCAUCUAUGAUCAUAAGAAACAGAGACAAGUAUCCCAGCACUUGGGUCCUUGCUGUACCAAAUCCUAUUCCUGCUGUCAGUGUUACCAUCUCAUACUGUGAAAAUGUAUUGCCUGUUAAUUCGGGCCCAGCUAAUGCCAAAUCAGAUGUCGUUGAUGAUUCUAAAAUUGUCUCUUUUCUUGACGAAUUAAAAGCAUCAACUAAAAUUGGUUAUGGAGUGGUCGUGACAUUUAAAAAAAUUGAUGCCUGCUAUUUUCGUCCAUUUACUUCGCCGCAAGAAAUUCUUCCUCUUUUAAAAGUUGAAGUCAUUGGCAGCAAUGAGGCUAGCUUUAGUGAGCAGAACUGCAGCAACUUUCGAGACCUUCUCUUCAGUAAAUUCCCUGGUCAUUGUAUUGCAUGGACAUCUUGCAAUGAUUCAGAUAAAACUACUUCAUGUACUUUUGUUUAUCAUCCACCACCCAACACAUAAUGAAGCUCACAGAAGUAUUCAGUGAUAAGUAAUUAUUUUACUAUGAAUUUCAAUUGAUAAACUUUAACUGUUAAGGCCAUUUUCAGUAUUAUUCAAGUAUUGCAUAUCUAUGCUAGUUUUAAUGGCAUUUUUGUAGUAUUUCAUAAGUGUGUUAUUUUAAUAACAGUUUCAGUUUUGUAAAGAGCUUUAAUAUAAAUUGUUAUAUACAAUAACUUCUAAUAUUUUCACUGUACAUUAUGACUAGAUAGCACAUUUACUAUAACUAUUGAUAUCUUUCCUGUG